UUCCCAAGUCCUUCCAAUUGUGCAAUAAUAUUUUAUAAUCAAUUGUUUUCAGUAAUCAUCAUCCAAUCAUCAUUUUCAUCAAUCAACAGUUACACCUUGACGCACCAGAUGUUAAGUGUGACAAAAAGAUCAUCAAACAGGGACUGUCAUUGUCGGUAAAAGCCACACAAAAAUUGGGAGUACAAUGAAACAUGUGCGACUGCUGUCUGUUAUAGGAAAGACGUUUGGGAUAAGCGAGCAAGGCCUUGUUAAUGGCUGGGUCAAGCGAUGCUGCAGAUGUUUAUCUUCAGGAUCAUCUAAAUCCAACUUCCAAAAAGAUAGCCACACAACAGAAAACUACAAGAAGAUAAUGAGAAAAGUUCCUCAAUCUGUGGUGGUGGUGACAGCAGGGGAAUUUGACAUACUGAAAGACCGCUGGAUAAAAAGAGGAAUGACGUGUACUUCUUUUACAAAUGUUUCCUACCAACCUCCAAUUGUGUCCAUCUGUAUAAAUAACCCAAGCCAUAUGCAUGAAUUGUUGUUGAGAACUCAGCAAUUUGCCAUCCAUGUGUUAAAGCAAAACCAGGUGGGAUAUGGUUUAGAUUUUUCAAAACACAUAGAGACAGAGGAAUGCCAAUUCAAAAAUAUUCCACAUGCAUUGACAAAUGAGGGUAUUCCCAUAAUUUACGACUGUGCGGCUGUUAUGGAGUGCCGCGCCCACUCCGUACACACCGUGGGAGACCACCAUGUCUGGUAUGGCAGCGUGUUCAAUGCUGAAAUCAGCGAGUCCGAAGACAAUCCUCUCCUGUACUACAUCAGAUCGUUUAGGUCUGUUGGAGAUGAAAUAUUUAUACAGGCCUUCGAGGAUGCCACUCUACCUUUUGAGGACUGGACUCACGAGGCACAUCUGAGGAUGGCCUGGAACUACAUCACUGAGUACGGCAAAGAAGGAGCCAUUCCUCACAUACGACUUGGUAUACAGAAUUUUAAUGAACAAAACAAAGACAAGGUCAAGUUUGGAUUCCACGAAACCAUCACAAUGUUCUACAUAGCAGAGGUCGCCCACGCCAUAAAGAAAUCCCCAGGGGUCUCCUCCUUUGAAGAGUUUUUGGAGAGGAACCGCUACCUUCUAGACAAAACAGUCAUAGCUCAGUACUACUCCCACAAUCACCUGUACUCAGACACUGCCAGACAUCAAUUUGUGCAACCAGAUUUGAAGCAACUUCCAAGUUAAUGACUAGAAUUUUAGAUAUCAAAAGCUUUCAUUUUUAUACCCCCCACAAACGAAGUUUGGGGGGAUAUAUAGGAAUCACCUUGUCCGUCUGUCCGUCUGUCAGUGCAAUUGUGUCCAGUCCAUAUCUUUCUUAUGGAGAAACAUUGGAAGUUCUUACUUCACACAAAGAUUGCUUAUGACCUAAGGGUGUGUCAUGACCUUGACCCAAGGUCAUUAGGGCAAGGUCAAGGUCACUGGCAGAAAAAAUACAAAAUUUGUGUCCGGUCCAUAUCUUUCUUAUGGAGAAUUAUUGGAAGUUCUUACUUAACACAAAGAUUGCUUAUGACCUAAGGGUGUGUCAUGACCUUGACCAAAGGUCAUUUGGGCAAGAUGAAAUUCACUGGCAGAAAAAAUACAAAAUUUGUGUCCCAUCCAUAUCUUUCUUAUUGAGAAUUAUUGGAAGUUCUUACGUCACACAAAUAUUGCUUCGGACCAAAGGGUGUGUCAUGACCUUGACCCAAGGUCAUUUGGGCAAGGUCAAGGUCACUGGCAUAAAAAGUGCAAAAUUCAUGUAGGUCAUUAUCUUUCUUAUGGAGAAGCAGUGAAUGUUCUUAUUUCACACAAAUAUUGCUUAUGACCAACAGUUUUAAAAAAAUAGAGCAGUUGUUAUUUAUAGAAAAUGGCCGGUGAAAUAGAUUCAUCCAAUAUUUUCUAUAAUUGGAAAAAUACACACAUUAUGAUUAUUAUCUUAGCGGGGGGUAUCAAUUGUGAGCUUGCACACAGUACCUCUAGUUAUUCCAUAUGCUACAAUCUUGCUUUUUUUACAAUUUAUUUCAUGUUUGGGUAGAUACAUGCUCUCAGGAAUUCAGAUUCACCAAUAAAUUUAUACAUUAAAAGGUCAUAUGAAACAAUUUUUUUGCAUGAUUUUCUUAUAACUUAUUUGGAUUUGGCUAGUAAUGAGAAAUUGGGAAAUAUGUAUUUGUAAAUGUUAUGGUGGUUUAAUAAAAACAUGCACCCAGAAUAAAUGAUGUGGAAAAAAUAGUAACAACUAAAACGCUUUAAAAAAAAAAAAAGAGUGUCAGAUGUCUAGGCCACACCAAUAUAAUUUCUUGUUCAUCGGACAUUCAGUGAAAAAAGAUAGGAGCGGGCGAGCAAUUAAAAAAUAAAAUUAUUUUUUGUAGCCAAAAUUAUCAGGCGGUACAGAAAUAAAUUUGAGCAGACAGUUAUAUUUCUUCUAUUUGUUUCUGAUUUAAAAAUUAAAAACUAUUUUAAAUGUGAAAAAUAUAGUGGAAAUAGUACAGAAAACAGGGCAAGAUUUCCUGGAUGCGGAUAAUUAGUUAUGAUAUUAUUUGAAUAGUUAUAGUGAAAUUGGACCACGAGGGGUCCGAUGAACGAGAAAUUAUAUUGGCAUGGCCUUAUGUGUGUGUGAUGUGGAAGGGGCGGGGGGGGGUGAUGUGUGCUAUACCUGUAUAUGUCUUUUUGGACAAAAAAAUGGUAUGUUUUAUAUACCAGUAUUUUGGUUUGUUUUGUGUUUUAUUUUACUCCAUUGAAAGCUUGUCCUAACUUGCAAUAAAUCAUCUUUUUU